CUAUAAUGCAACACAACGUGUCAUAUGCUUCAUUUUGAUGGAACUUAUUUCCUGAAUCGUGAGUCCUUCGAUUUUGAAUUCAAACUUAUCAUCAAUUGGAUGCAUACUUUCCACGUGAAACUGCAAACAGGGAAUCAAAGAGUCGCUCGCUAGAAGACGACCCAAAUCCCAAGAAUGGAAACUUGACUGCGGGAAUAUUUCAGUCUGAAAAGCACAUACCAGACCACAAAAGCAGAGCUUUUCAGCGAGGUUUCUAUUGGCCGUGAUCAUUUUCAUCAUUUACCAAGGUUGCGGAAAUGGCGACGAGUUCACGCCCGGCGGUGACGAAGCGGGAGUUGAGGAAGCCGGUUUUCGUCAAGGUGGACAGCCUGAGGCCGGGGACCAGCGGUCACACGCUUCUCGUGAAGGUGAUCGACUCCAACAUGGUGUUGCCCAAGGGCAGCGCGGUGUCGACGCACCUCCGUAACACCAGCAUUUCGGAGUGUCUCGUCGGAGACGAAACCGGCUGCAUUCUAUUUACUGCUCGCAACGAUCAAGUUGAUUUGAUGAAUCCGGGUUCUACUGUGAUCCUUCGGAAUGCAAAGAUUGACAUGUUUAAGGGAUGCAUGAGAGUGGCAGUAGACAAAUGGGGACGCAUAGAGGUGACAGAAGCUGCUUCAUUUGAUGUGAAAGAAGAUAACAAUCUCUCCCUGAUUGAGUAUGAACUGGUGAAUGCUGUGCAAGCCUAGUCCUUUAUUAGAACAUUUUCCUUCAGCUUAGUCGUGUACUUGCUAGCUAGCGUAGUCUUUAACUUCAGUAAUUAGUUCCAUUCCGGCUUCCCCAUGGACUGAGUGUCUAUUGGAAACAUAUAUUGGGGAUGCUCUCUUUUGUGUAAGCCUACAAUGAAUUAUUGGCUAGACAUAUGUUAAACUUGAUGA